GCGGCGGCGGGGUCAGGGAGCCCUUCGUUUGCUUUUCGGGCCAAGUGGCCAUUCCAGACCCGAGUCAGUGCUGCUUUUGCCCAGCCAAGGUCACAGAGGAGUGACACUUUCAGGGCGGGCCCUGGAUUAAGCUUGAUCGAGAUGACAACCUCCCAAAAGCACCGAGACUUCGUGGCAGAGCCCAUGGGGGAGAAGCCAGUGGGAAGCCUGGCCGGGAUUGGCGAAGUCCUGGGCAAGAAACUGGAGGAAAGGGGCUUUGAUAAGGCCUAUGUGGUCCUCGGCCAGUUUCUGGUCCUAAAGAAAGAUGAAGACCUCUUCCGGGAAUGGCUGAAGGACACGUGUGGCGCCAAUGCCAAGCAGUCCCGGGACUGCUUUGGCUGCCUGCGAGAGUGGUGUGAUGCCUUCUUGUGAUGCUCUCUGGGGAGCCCCCGAUCCCAAGCCCCAGCAUUGAGUCUCCAGAGUUUGCAGCCUAGUGAGGACUCCUCCUCUGUCCUCUACAAAAGAAGAGAUUGCUGUUGUGCACACCUCCCAUGUACUCCAGGGCCUUUGGGGAGUUCUCUCCCCUCACCGUUUCAACUUUUUUGGAAUUCUCACCCUUGCAUGCAUUUUCCUUCUCCUUUCCCUGCCAGUUUCGUGACAAUAAUUACCAGCUUUUCUGAGUGGAUUCCUGGCCCUGUCCCUCACCCCCACCCCCACCUGUGGUCUCUUUUAUGCCAUUUGGUAGUCUUUUUGGCAGAACAGUCACUGUCCUUGUAAAGUUUUAUAAAUCAAUAAAGCCAGUGGCCUUCA